GGACCCUGCUAACAGAGAGGGUGGAUCUGCCCUGAUGGGGGUCGUAAGUCGGAUCACCGUCGCCUGAGGGAGCGGCACGGCGUGGCCAAAGAGUGCACUCUCCGGCCAGCGGAGACAGGGUUAACACGCCGUUGGUGACUGCGGGCCCCGGAUGUGAGAGCCGCGGCGCCGCGCCUUGGAGCCGAGCUGCAGGUGCGCCGUCGUGGGCGGAGCCGUGGGAGCGGUGGUGACCUGACCGACCGGGCUUUCCGCUCCCCUGCAGGGGCCGCUGGGCUCCUUCCGAGAGCGCCUUGUUUUCUAACUUAAGGGCAACAGGUGGUGCCAGUGGACCGAGAGAGGGAGCCCUACUCCGCCCCUCUGGGAGCGGCAGUUAUCUUCACCAAUUAAGGUUUGGGGGCGGGAGUUGAGUGGCCACCCGGACUCGAUCGACCAAUGGAAUCUAUAAUCAUGGUUGAGCCGCGAGGAGGGGGCGUGGUUACACUCUGGGUCCAAGGUUUCUAAGUGCAGUAAGGGCCAGAUCUGCAUGGUGAGCUUUCCUGCGCGGUCGUGGGGUGUUACACCGCCCCCCGUGAAAAAAACGCCUGCUGAUGCUUUCUCAUUUGGAUCAAGAUUUCAAUUAGGGAGCAGUCUUGUAGCUGGAUCACCUAGGAAGAGAAGUUCUAAAGCAGUCAGAAGAGAGCAAUUCCAUUUAUUUGCUGCUGGAAAUGGGGAAUGGAUUGUCAGACCAGACUUCUAUCCUUUCUAGCCUGCCUUCAUUUCAGUGCUUCCACAUUGUAAUUCUGGGUUUGGACUGUGCUGGAAAGACAACUGUCUUAUACAGGCUGCAGUUCAAUGAAUUUGUAAAUACUGUACCUACUAAAGGAUUUAACACUGAGAAAAUUAAGGUAACCUUGGGAAAUUCUAAAACAGUCACUUUUCAUUUCUGGGAUGUCGGUGGUCAGGAGAAAUUAAGGCCACUGUGGAAGUCAUAUACCAGAUGCACAGAUGGAAUUGUGUUUGUUGUGGACUCUGUUGAUGUUGAAAGGAUGGAAGAAGCCAAAACUGAACUUCAUAAAAUAACAAGGAUAUCAGAAAAUCAAGGAGUCCCUGUACUUAUAGUUGCUAACAAACAAGACCUGAGGAACUCAUUGUCUCUCUCAGAAAUUGAGAAAUUGUUAGCAAUGAGUGAACUGAGCUCAUCAACGCCAUGGCAUUUGCAGCCUACCUGUGCAAUCAUAGGAGAUGGACUAAAGGAAGGACUUGAGAAACUACAUGAUAUGAUAAUUAAAAGAAGAAAAAUGUUGCGGCAACAGAAAAAGAAAAGAUGAAUAGUACCUUUUAUAUCUGUGUGGAGUAGGUUAUCUCUUGUCUGAUUUUGACAAAUGGAAGAGUGUCUACAGCCUGGUUUGCCUGUCUGCCCUCCUGGAUGCUAUUCAAGCUUUGUUUUACUGAACAAUCAGAUGCCCAACUUUGUUGCCUUGUGGAAGAUGAGUAAAUGCGGUGCUUCUUAAAGUGGUCUCUUCUCUACCCCACAAUCUUUCGGUACUACUGUUUUUGGGAAGCCAAACAAAGAUAAUUAAUUGAUCAGAAAACAGCUAUGGAAAUUUGACCUGAAGUUAGUGAAAUAAAACUUUGAAGAGUGUCUGCCUAGUGUUUUGUGCUUAUAUCUUUUUGGGGUAAGCCUUUGCAAAGAAGUUGCACACAAGGCUUUUUAUGUUAUGAUAAAAUGCUAAUGAAUUGAAAUGUUAAGGUAGAUUAAUGCAUAUGCAGUCAUAUUGAUCACAUUGGUCCAUUCUUUUUUUGAUGUAAGGGACAAGGAGGAGAAGUGUUGCCUUUUUUUUAUGUUUUGGCCAAAUGAUUUUUGACAUUUUCUGAAAUCAAAUAAUUUAAUAAUUAUAUCUUAAUUCUGGACAAUGUUUAAAUUGGUCUGACUUUAAUAAAAAUAAGGUAUUUGGGGGUAUAUUCAAGUGCAUGGGUUAGUUUUUCUGGCAAAGCAUGUUUUGGUGUGUCGUCUUUUUAGAAAUAGCUAUGCAUCUUUUCUGCACAAGUUUUAAACAACUUUUUUGGGACUUAGGGCUAUGAUAGAAAUUGUUGGAAGCACUUUCACUUGAACCUAAAAUAAAGUAAUUUGACUGUUAUAGUAAAUACGAACAUGUAGACUAAUCAUAAAUGCGUAUGCUUGGAUCCAUAUAUGGAUUUAUGAAGAAAGCAAGUGAUGAAUUCAUUCAAGAGGUUGUAAUUACAAUACGUGGUCUCUGAAAUAUUCCAGUUAUUGGAUAUUUGUUCUAUUAAUGUUUGCUGGUUGAAAACAGAUGUGGUUUUUCAUAUAUUUUUGUAGUGUUUUGGGAGGAGUAAUGGCUUUAUAAACAUUUGAUGCGCUGUGGAAUGAAAAUGUAAAAGAUAUAUAUGUGUUCUGAGCUUUAAUUUGUUUACAAACUGAACAGUGUUACACAUGCCGUCCAGUUCUCAAUAUAGGGAGAAAGAAAUGGUACAGUCAUGCAGAUAAGAAUUAUGAUUAUAGAAAAUGAAGGGGAAAGUAGCAAAGCUGUUCAAGGAAAAUUCACUGGUGCUGUUUACAUUAAAAUGAAAAGCUAUAAGGAGGAAAGAUCUUAGUAUGUACGAUAAUUCUUAUCUACAACCAGAGACUUCCAAUGAUCAUAUUAGCAAAUUAGCACCAACAACUGUUUGUUCUGAAAAUCAUCAAAAGAAAGGCACUUCUCAUUUUUUUUUUUUUAAUAUUUUCUUUUGUUCAGUGGCACUACUGAGUUUUUGGAACUUUUAUCUUUGUUACGCACAGAAUAAAGUAGCUUUCUGUGGAGCUUUCAUACGUUAAAUAUACCUGCACUAGUGAUGGUCACU